AUGUCCCCCUUCACCGUAACCGAAGCGCACACGCGCCCCGAAAUCCAUACCAUAGCCCUACUCAUCCAAAAAGCCAACCGCACCCCCUACCGUCCCUUCGUCGCCAUCCAAACGCCCUCCGCUCCCGAUCUCCCCACCGCGCUCAGCCUCUCCCAAGACUGGUUCUGGAACAAUCACACGCAUACACCAAGGAGUCAUUGGAUUACUGUUCAGGAUAGUGAGACUGGUGAGGUAGUCGGCGCGGCGAAUUGCGUAGACUUUCAUUUCUUUGAAAAAAAAAAAUCAUCUAAAGUCUCAUUUUUUGAAGAUAAAACUAACGAUACAAGAUGCUGGAGUGAAGCCGAAGGCGGAAUUGGAAGAGAAGGAGCGAGAUUUCUACUCGAGAAACACGGUUGGAGACCGUUACUUAAAUAUUGUAUUUAUGGAACCAAGGAAAAUAUGAGUGAGGAGUGGCAGGAAUUAUGUCAUAAGUGUUUACCGCAGGAACAGUAUGCUAUGUGGAAACCAAAAGGAGGCGUGUGGACGGAUGAUUCGAUUUUGCCCUGGGAUUUGGGGGCUGAGAAUUAAGUAUGCUUGGUUUUGCUUUGUUCUGAAUAACAGGGUUAAUUCUUGAUGAACAAACGCAUUUCGCGUGGCAGAGGUUGAGGAAAGGGGAUAAGAGAAAAGGACAAGGAGUAAGAAAUGCAUUGAUGAUUUACCGAGAGCGGCGUGAAGAGGAGACGAGUGGUUGUGUGAUGAUGGGGUAGAGAUAUUUAUUGUUUGUCAAUUCUAGUCGCUUUCAUAGGUCCAAGUGAUUAAUCAAUAGACAUGG